AAUCCGUUUAGUAUUUUAUUUUAUGUAUCUAAUAGUAUUUUAUAAUUUAUAAUUUAUGUUUGUAUUUUUUAAUAUAUUAGUAUCAUUUUUAUGAAUUUUAAGUUAAUAAUUAAUGUGUAAUAUUUUAAUUUUUAUGUAGUUUAAUAUUUUUAUAUAUUUAAAUUUUUAUCAUAAUUUUUUUAUUAGGGGAUUCUCCGCCCCAUCUCCAAUGAAAAAUAAGCGAAGAUGAGAAUUAAAAUCCUUAAUAGGGAUGAAGAUAGGGGAGCACUCCCCGCCAAUUCCCUGCCCUUUGUGCCACAUCUCAUAUUUUAAAUUUAUGCAUCAAUGUCUUUUUUCACCAAAUAAAAAAAGGUUCAAAUAAGAAAUCUAAAAAAAUUAGUUGCAGUUUAAGGCACCUUGUAUUUUGGUGCCAUGCUCGGCCCCUAUUCAAAUAAAGGAGUUGAUAUGUGCACAUAUGAAUUAUAUACAAUAUUAGCAUACUUAUUUGAGAAAUUUUUAACAAGUGGAUCCAUCAUAAAUAAAAUGAUUGAUUUAAGUGCCACACCAUAUAGGUUUGUCAAGUUUGUGUUUGAUUUAACAAUGCACAUCAUUGAUGUUAGACGAAAGUAUUAACUAUGCUAACCAAAACAACGACGUGAGAUACUCCUUCGAUCUUAGACAAAUGGUAACUAGAACUGAACUAAUUAAUCUUGGAUGUUAGGGGAUAAGUUCACUUGGUUUCAAAAGUCUUCGAGUACCCAUAGUGGUACCUCGGUUAAGUGAGCUCAGCUUGAUAGAGCUAUGGCCUCUACCUAUUGGAGAAUUAUGUUCCCUAAUACUAUAGUGGAGCUUCUUACAGUGAGUAAAUCAGAUUACAGAUCGAUUCUUCUAGUGGAUAUUAUAGCCCCUCUAAUUAGUCCUUAUGAUAUAUUCAGGAUCACGGGUUGUAGGGAUUUUAGUGGAUAUUAUAGCCUCUCUACCUCGUCUUCUAGUGAUUAUGAAAUGAAUUUUGAGAAUCUUGUCCAUAAGAAGGAAAAGAAGAGGCUGACCAUCUCGGAGGUCCCAUCAGACGCAGAAGUGGAGCCCCCAAAGAGGUCCAAGAAGACUACGGCUAACAAGAAGCGAGCCUCCCAACCUGCUAACCUUGAGGUUCUUGAGACUGAGAAUCAGGAUCCAAUCCCUCCUUCUGCCCCCGCAAGUACUGGCGAGCCUAUUCCCAAUGCAACCCAAGCCUUCGCCUCUUCGAGCCAAGCCCUCAAAACUUUACCUGUCGAGGCUGGAAAAACUGGCCCAGAGUACACUGCAGAGUUUGGUGCAAUAUGCUGGCGUCACUUCAAGUCUUUCCUCCCCCAUGAAUGGAAUUUAAUCAAUCAUGGGGAUUUGGGGAAUAUGCUUACAAGGAGUUUGUCUCACAGUCUUUCGGUAAAUUUCCUUACCUUUAUUUGCUCACUUCUCUUCUUUUUUCUUUUCUUUCCGUCAAAAUACUUAUGUAUUUUUGUUGGUUGGUUUCUAGACAUCUUUUAUUUCUUUUGUGGCCCAGCAACGAGGCAUGGACAAGAUCAAGUACCUGGAGGGUGAGAUCCAGAACUUGAUAGGCUAGCGCGAGGUUGUGACUAAGCAGUGGAAUGAUGCCCAACUGGAGAUUAAUCGCCUUACUAAAGAUGCCGAAAAGUUGAAGAAGAGCCUUGAGCCCAAGCUUGAAGCUGCCAAGAAGGAGGCAAAGGACAAGACCGAUGAAUGCCAGAAACUCAAAGGGGAACUCGAUGUAGCUAAGGUAACGCUUGAUGGGAAAGAGGCCGAAACCAUUGAACGAUGCAACGUUGUUGGCCUUCGUACCAUUUAUCAAGCUUGGAUGGAAAAUCCGAGAUGAAUACGAGUUUCUUGGAAGAUUCUGAGGAGGAAAUCCUUUCUUUCUGCGAGAAGACUAAAAAGGAGGAAGAGGAUGCUGAGGCAGCAACAGAAGAAGAACUAUCCAAGUCUCCUACUAUGUAGGCUUGGUUUUUAUUAAUUUUUAUUUUAUUUAGGCAAAUGCCCUUAAGGCCGAGACAAUGGUUUGCCCCUUGUAGCACUUUUGUAAAGACAACUUUGCAAGGUUGGAUGGCCAACUUUACUUUUAUUUUAUCUUUAUUGAAUGCCUUGUACUUUUAUAUUUGAACUUAAUAUAUGUUUGUUUGCUUGCGUUUUCA